UAGCGGGAAAUUCUGGAUCAGAAAAUGAGAAGUUGCUGCCUACUUAAAGUCAACAUAACCAGAACAGAGUGCUAUUUGGACUGCGGCCAUCAAAAUGAACAGGUUCAAUAUGAGAUUUUCUCUCCGCUGGAGUUGGUUUGCUGCACUUUCAGUUCUCCUGUUCAUGGGCGCUGAAGUUUGGUGUGACUGUCCAGAUGAGUUACUAGGCAUUGAAGGAGGUGAUUACACGCUGACCAAGACGAUGGAGCCAGGCAGUAUACUGAUUUACCACUGUCCUGAGGAAUAUUAUCCAUAUCCUGAUUUGGUCCGUGUGUGCCAGCUCACCGGCAAAUGGAAUCCAACACCCAAAAAGUUUCGCCCUCAGAGAUGCAGGUUGGUUGAAUGCCCGGACCCCACUGUCCUGCUGAACGGGAAUGUUGUUCCUUCUCAGGAGAAAUACUUUGUGAACAACGUGACCACAUACGAGUGUUACUCUGGAUACACACUGUAUGGUUCAUCCAGACGUGUCUGUCUGCCAAAUGGAAAAUGGAGCGGCCCCACUCCCAUCUGUAGCCGUGGUUCUGGUGAUCACUGCGCUGAUCCGGGCAUCCCAGCUGGUGCCUCCAGGAAUGGGAACCAGUUUGGUAUUGAUGACAAAGUGAAAUAUAUGUGCAACAGCAACCUGAAUUUAGUGGGUCCGAGUGAAAGAGUGUGUCAGGAGAACGGCCAGUGGACUGGCACGGAACCAGCGUGUUACUACAAACACACCUUUGACACACCACUGGAGGUUGCAAAAGCCUUUGGCAGUUCAAUCACCGAAACCUUGACCACUUUAGAACCUGUUGAUGACACACAAGAGGGGAGAAAAAUCAGACUUACAAAAAAUGGGACACUUAAUAUUUACAUUGCUGUGGAUGUUUCAGAGAGCAUCACAAAGGAUGACUUCAUCAGUGCCAGAAAUGCUGUUCUAAAGCUUAUUACAAAAAUUGCAUCUUUUUCAGUCACUCCAAACUACGAAAUUGUCUUUUUUGCUGCGGAAAUAUUUGAGAUUGUGAACAUAAUUGACUUUUUGGAUAAUAAACAAGAGCUUCACAGGAUCAAGACUGCAUUGGAAACAUUUACAGUUGGUGAGAAAGAGCUGACUGGAACAGAUCUGAACCUUGUCUUCCGAAAAAUGUUGGAGCAAAUCGCUGUUAUAAAGCAACGUGCCGGAGAAACGUUUAAGGAUUACCAUCAUGUCAUCAUCGUUUUUACAGAUGGUGCAUAUAAUAUGGGUGGGUCACCUGCCCAAACUGUGGCAGCAAUAAAGCAGAUGGUAUAUAUGAACCCCACGGGUGGAGAAGACACCAACAAAAGAGAUGAAUAUCUCGACAUUUAUAUUUUUGGCAUUGGAGGUGAGAUUUUUGAUGAUGACCUCAAUCAGCUCACAGUAGGGACUGGAGGCCAGCACUUCUUCAAGCUAAAGGACCUCGUCCAACUUCAAGAGACCUUUGAUGAGAUUAUUGAUGAAGAAGAAGUUAAAGGUCUGUGUGGUCUUCACAGAGACUAUGAAUCACAAGGAAACAGGAAACUGCAUCCAUGGAUCGCAGAAAUCAGGGUUCAGAAUGAAGGAUCAUCACAGAAAUGCCUCGGCUCGCUUGUGACACCGAAGUUUGUCUUGACUGCUGCCCACUGCUUCAGAUUUGGUGACUUACCAAAACAUGUCACAGUUGACAUUGAUGAUGGACAGGGUAGAGUGAAAAGAGUACAAAACUUCACACUUCACCCAAAAUACAAUGUUAAUGCACAAAAGGCGAAUAAUGUGGAUGAAUUCUAUGACUAUGAUGUGGCUCUCAUUGAACUGGUAGAAUAUGUUCAAAUCUCUACUGACGUCAGACCUAUUUGCAUACCUUGCACCCAGGAGACCAGUGCAGCUCUAAAAAUAGUUCGUGACACCACCUGCAAGCAACAAGAACAGCUCCUGUUAAACAAGCAGAAUGAACCUCUCAUGUUUCUCACAAAGUCAAGGGGACAAAUGGAAAAAAAAGAUGUCAACGCCAAGCUUGGCGAUAAUAGAAAAGAGUGCAUCAGUCACGCCUUAAAAGCAAAGGGAAUACGCACCCAAAAUGUGUCACUUGUAGUGACUGAUAACUUUCUGUGCACUGGUGGGCUGUUUCCUCAAAGAGAUCACAUUGCGUGUACAGGGGACUCUGGUGGUGCUGUGUUCAAGAACUAUGAACAUCGCACAAUACAGGUCGCACUUGUCAGCUGGGGAACAAAGAACCUGUGCCAGUCAGGCGGUCUUGUCGAGUCAGAUGCAGACUCAAGAGAUUUCCACAUUAACCUUUUCAGAAUGGUCCCAUUUCUGAAAUCUGUCCUCGGAAAUGACCAACAAGACGACUUUGUGCCACUUCAGUUUUUAGAGAACUGAUGGACUGAAUGUGAUGUGUAUCGCCCAUAUGUUUAAAAUCACAAAGGAAUGAUAUGCGACAGAGUGAAUUUGUUCAGUCUAAACAUUGCUUAAUUUUGUGAAAGUUGUAAAUCAAACUCAUACAUUUACAUUGUCACAAUGAACGCAUCAGAACUCAUCAAUAAAUCUGUAAUCUUGUUGUUCUAUAUCUACCAU